AUGCUCCCCAGCGCCGUGGCGGCCCAUGCCGGCGCCUACUGGGACGUGGUGGCUUCCUCCGCGCUGCUGAACUUCCCCGCCGCGCCGGGCUUCGGCAACCUGGGCAAGAGUUUCCUAAUCGAAAACUUGCUGCGGGCUGGGAGCGCCCCGCCGCACAGGCUACCACCGCCCCCGCCCCACGGCCCGGCAGCAGCUCUCGCCGCGGGCGCUCAGGUCCGGCCCCUGCCCGCCAGCCCGGUUCCGCUCAAGCUGUGCCCCGCGGCAGAACCAGUCAGCCCCAGCGGGGCGCCCUACGGCACGCGGUGGGCGUUUCAAGUGCUCAGCCCCUCGGCGGACGGCGCCAGGCUGCCGGGCCGGGUUCCGGGGGACCGAGACUGUGCCUUCCAGCCAUCAACCCCAGCGCCUUCCAAGCCUUUUUUUCUGAGCGCCCCACCAUUCUACUCGUCGUGCUGCGGUGGGUCCUGUCGGCGCCCUGCCUCCCCCACUGCUUUUCCAAGAGAAGAGAGUGUGCUUCCUCUUCUGACACAGGAAUCUAAUUCCAAAGCUCGGAGGGGUAUUUUAAGAAGAGCUGUCUUUUCUGAGGACCAGAGAAAGGCUCUGGAGAAAAUGUUUCAGAAGCAGAAAUAUAUCAGCAAAACAGACCGAAAGAAACUUGCCGUCAACUUGGGACUAAAGGAAUCACAGGUGAAAAUCUGGUUUCAGAACAGAAGGAUGAAAUGGCGGAAUUCCAAAGAAAAGGAAGUGCUUUCCAACAGAUGCAUCCAAGAAGUAGUCCUUCAAGAGGACCCCCUCUCACGAUCUGCUCUGGGUUUCCCUUCUCCAUGUCCUUCACUCUGGGAAAUCUCCCAACAACACUCGAGUCCAAGAUGGAGGGAGAAUUCACCAGUACCUUCAGAGAGACUAAUCCUGGAGAGUCCAGGGGCAUUGGCCCCAGAAGCAAAGUCACUGCAAGGUGCCUUGUAUUUGUGUUCUGAAGAGGAUGCCAGAGACAAGGGUGUACUUACUGGCUCAGUGUGAAUGGAAGCAUUCUGCCACGUUAACGUAAAGAACAGUUAACUAUUAAUGUUUGGACUCUUAAGCCUGCUAGCUUGUGUCUCAUCAGUGCCUAAAACCUAACACCUUUGGAGUGAAGCAUGGACUAAUGUUUUAGGAAACCCUCUCCAGUGUUCUCUUAUUUGGGUCCUAG